AUGUCAAGGACUCUUGCAGCAAUUUUAGGAGGUGCUGCAGGAGCCGUGGCAUUGGUGGGGCUGCUGUUUAUCAUUAUCUGCUAUUGUGUCUUUCGAGGCCGAAACGUGUCAAGAACAUCCGAGACAGGUUCUUCCGAUCCAUCUGUUCAAGUAGAGAGAGCCGCUGGGAUCGAAUUUACUUUACGAGAUGCUAGGAGGUUUGCGAUGGAUGAAUUGUCAUCUGCGACAAGAAAUUUUAGUGACAAGAGUUUGAUUGGACAAGGAAAAUUUGGCGAGGUGUACAAAGGAUUGCUUCAUGAUGGGAUGCUUGUAGCAAUCAAGAAACGACAUGGAUCCCCCAGUCAAGAGUUUGUCGAUGAGGUCCGAUAUCUUUCAUCUAUUCAACACCGAAAUCUGGUCUCCCUUUUAGGUUACUGCCAGGAAAAUGAUCUACAGAUACUUGUCUAUGAGUACAUACCUAAUGGAAGUGUUUCCAUUCACCUCUAUGGUGCUGGUCAGGUCUCGCAGGAAAAGCUAGAAUUUAAGCACCGGCUUUCUAUUGCUCUUGGGGCAGCUAAAGGUUUGGGUCACCUUCACUCCCUCAGUCCUAGAUUGAUUCAUAAGGAUUUCAAAACAGCAAAUGUUCUUGUAGAUGAGAAUUUCAUAGCUAAAGUGGCAGAUGCUGGGUUGCGCAAUUUUCUUGGAAGAUUUGAUCAUGCUGGCUCAUCUUCCCAAAUUGAAAAUGAUGAGAUUUUCCUUGCUCCAGAGGUCACUGAAUUCAAACGAUUUUCUGACCGAAGUGAUGUAUACAGUUUUGGUGUGUUCCUUUUGGAGCUAGUAAGUGGGCAGGAAGCAAGAGACCUGCUAUCUUCAGAUGUCAAUCAGAAUCUGGUUGAUUGGGUGCAAAAUCUUCAAGAGUCUGGCAGCAUAUCGACCAUUAUCGAUAAAAGAUUGGGUAAUAGUUUUACAAAAGAAGGCAUGGAGGAGUUGAUACAAUUGAUAGUGCACUGUGUGAACUCAUCGAGUGAGAGGCGUCCUCCCAUAAGUGAUGUUGUAACCGAACUUGAUCGUGUUCUUGAGAAAGAAAUGAGCUUGACCACAAUCAUGGGUGAAGGAACCCCAGUCGUGACACUGGGAAACAUGUUUUCUUCUUUGAAAUUAGUCACCGGUGCUGGUCCUUCCGACGAGAACAUUGGUUCAUCUGGCGGCGGAGGGGACCGGGAAACUGGUAUUUUAUUCACCGACGGUAGCGGCGAACGCCUUCCUCGCGGCGACCCCUAUUUCUAUGGCUAG